UUAAAUUUAGUUCGUCCUUAAAAAGGAUAAACAAUCUCAGUCUGGCAGUCAGAGAAGAGUUGUUUUUCACAGCUCAACAUGGGGCGCUCUUGGUUCACAUUGCUAGCAGUGUACUUGUACAUGUUUGUGUUCUGUGCUGGUUGCAAUCCCAAGACGUUUGGUGAUGAGCACCUGGUGAAGUCUUCCAAGACGCUGGGAGGUUUGCCGGCGUUUGUCCGGGGAGGUUCGCGGACAGCGCGAGGUGUAACCACCGGACAGACGGACUUUGACGUACGUGCGGUGAAGGAGAUCGUGAACCAACAUAAUGAGUUUCGAAGCGGAGUGUCACCCAGUGCCUCCAACAUGCAGUAUAUGACCUGGGAUGCUGAACUUGCCACUUUGGCCCAGCAGUGGGCAGGCAGGUGCCGCUUCGAGCACGGUAACGUCGGUGACCCAUCUACGUACCCAUUUGAAAACAUCGGACAGAACAUUUUCUACCGUGGAGGAAAAGCAGACAGACCCACUCCUGCCUCUGAUUUCGUUGCGUUCUGGCAUUCUGAGGUAUCCAACUUUGAUUACAACAGCAACACGUGCACUGGUGGAGAGUGUGGACACUAUACACAGGUGGUAUGGGCGAAAUCAAGGACAGUGGGAUGUGGUCUGAAGUUCUGCGACAGAAUUGGAGGGGAAACUAAUGCUUGGUUCGUCGUAUGCAAUUAUGGACCUGCUGGUAAUUUCUACGGUGAGAUACCGUUUGAGGCAGGAGAACCAUGCAGUCAGUGUGACGCUUCGGCCCCGUUUUGUUAUCGCAAUAUGUGCCAUAACUGUAACCCUGCGAAGGAUCCUGAAUGUCGAUGUACAAAGAAUUGCAAAAACUGUGGAACUCUUGACGUAGACGAAUGCGUUUGCAGCUGUGCCCCUGGAUUCAUUGGACCAAACUGUGAAGAGACAUGCAGAGAUAAACACGAGAUGUGUGGCCAGAACCCUGGCUGGCCCGAUGCAUCCUUCUGCAGCUUUGAUCCUGCCAUCCCGGCUGGCUGUCCGCUCAUGUGUGGCCAAUGCAGUCCCCCUGAUCGAAACUUCCAAUGUGCUAAUCCUGAAGGUUCCGGACCCGCGCGGCCCGGGAGAGUGCAGCCAGCACCCACCCAGACAAAGAAGAAGCCUGGAAAGAACCCUUCACCAACCCAGCUGAAGAAGAAGAAUAAGAAGGGGAAGAAAGGAAAGAAGGGCAAGGGUAAGAGAAAAGGGAAAGGCAAAGGAAAGAAGAGCAAAAAAGUAAACUAAGCUCCAAUUAUUGCUCUUGAUGCAAUUAAUUGUUUUUCUUUUAUAAAAGAGGUGCCAAGUUGAUGAUGAAUGUGUUUCUUUUGUAUUAUUGUCAGUUACUGAUUUUGCAUAAUUAUACUCGUUACGACACAUAUAUGGAAUGCAUUUCGAAAGUUUUUUGAAAACUGAAACUCGAUAACAUUGUUUUUGUAUACUGGGCCAAAUCCUCAGAAGAAAUAUUGAAAGAAUACCGUGAAAGUCGCACUGGGAAAUAGCUAUGUUAAUCAAACAAACUUUAAUCAAAGUUGCUUAUUGAUUGCCGAAUUCGAAAUAUGCUUGGUGUAUGUAUUGUGUGAUAUAGUAAACAUACACAAAAUCCAAUACAAACAAAAGAAGUUUCACAGUUAGUUUGUUUGUUUGUUUGUUUGUUUGUUACAACAAGGUUGGGGUGUUUGGAAUCUAGAUUUGUAAAAGAAUUUACUCUACCAAAAAACAAUGAUGCAUGACUGUAGGCCUACAUGUGCACUGUGUAUUAUGAAACUGGAAUACAAUGAGUAUUGGUCGUUUUCCAUGGGAUUAGACCACUGAUCCACAACUGUUUUAUCAAAAUCGCAACUGGUCAUCGCUCUACCAUACGUGUGUUUAAACUUGCAAAUUCAUUGAUAUGUUGCUUAAAAUUAAUCAGAUAAGUAAAUCAAUAAAAACUGCAUUUUAUAUUAUGAUAAUGUC